AUGGCCGACCCAGUUUGGAUUUCUCUUAACUUAUUACGUUUACUUUCUAUAAUUUCUUUGAUGCUGGUCAUCGCAACCUGUAUCAUUGUAAAUGUCAAAGGAUUUUCGGGAAUUGGUCAAAGCAAUACAAUCUUUCAAUUCAUGAAUCGUAUUGUGAUAGCUAUUGAAGCUUUGGUUUUAAUAUUGUCAGAAAUUGGUUGGCCUAGGAAGAUUUAUAAUUGGUUUCCCAUGUUAGAUGAUUCACAUAGUUGGACCUUCUUUGGGUUCUUACAGAUAAUUGGAAUAAAUAGUACUGAAUUCUUGGGUUAUAGUCUAUUUACAUUCAUAAUAGUUCCUGGAUGGUUUAUAUUUAUAAUUGGAAUAAUAUAUGUAUGUCUUGGAACAUUUGGCGGUGUCAGUUUGAAGCAAAGACGCCAAGUUGGAAUCUCUUCCGAGAAAUCACGUCCUCCAGAUUAUACAGUUUAA